AGUCGCUUUUUGCUGAGCUUAUACCCUCUAUGUUCAUCUGCAAGAUGCGAAUUGAAGGUCCAACAUCUCUCGUCAAACUGCUCUGUGAGGAGCUGUGCAUAUGUGGGCCCGAAGUUGAGCCAAUCGCAUUUUCGUCUGUAAUAUUCAUCGCUAUCUUUGCCUAUUAUUUCGCCUCAGGUUUGUCACUCUUUAGCACCACCCAGGGGACACGUGCAAGGUCGUGGUAGGUAACUCCUGCGGACGCGAGUAACAUUCGUCCCCCCGGUUAUGACAGUUUAACAGAUUAACCGACUCGUUAGCGAAUCGCGGCGUGAAGCGAUUGCGAGUGUGGAGUCUUGCAAGUUCGCGCUUCGCGUCUCCUUUGAUGCGGGCCAAAUACCGACAAAAAACGUGGAAUAAGGCGCGAAGGCGUGAACAAUCUGCGAAAUCGACGCGAGGGCCACCCACACUCGCGUUCGCGGCUUCGCGCCUCGAUUCGCGCACGAGUGUGGAGGGCCCUCUAGCCUUUACUAAAGUGCCAAUUACAUCCACACUUUAUCAGGCCUGAUAUAAGACCCGAUUUCAGGCCCGAGAUAGAAUAUUUUUCCGUUUCACCAAAUAUCAGCAUAUCGUUUACAAUAUUUAAAAUUUAAAAAAAUGGUUCAUAUGCAAAAAUAUCAAACAUUGAACAUUUUUGGCAAUUAGAGAGAGACAAAGUAUUUUUUACAUUUCAAAUAUUGUUAACGAUGUGCUGUUAUUCCGUGAAAUGAAAACGAUUAUCAAAAUCGGCCUUCGAAAUCGGGAAGUGUGGUAAUUGGUUCUUAUAUGUAAAGUCUUAAGGGCCCUCCACAAUCGUGCGCGAAUCGAGGCGCGAAGCCGCGAACGCGAGUGGAGGGCCCUCGCGUCGAUUUCGCAGAUUGUUCACGCCUUCGCGCCUUAUUCCCCGUUUUUUGUCGGCAUUCGGCCCGCGUCAAAGGAGACGCGAAGCGCGAACUUGCAAGACUCCACACUCGCGAUCACUUCGCGCCGCGAUUCGCUCACGAGUCAGUUAAUCUGAACUGUCAUAACCUUCUAUGGCGGCUACUUGGUUAUAUUGGGUGCGAACUUGAUCAACCAAAAAUCAAUUUAACAGUUCCCAGUUUGAAUCAGUGCCUUGCCGCAAACUAAAUCCGAUCAGCUGAUACUUCGGCGCCAUCUUGCCGCGAACCAAACUGCGAAAUCGCCGUGAAGUUGUGCGAGUGUAGAGUCUACGUCAACGUCGCGGUAUGUUCGCUCCGCGAAGUCGCGCCGCGAUUCACGCACAUAGUCUGGAGGGGGCUUUAGGACCGCGCGUGGUAUGAAGUAUGAAAUAAGAAAAAAGUCACAGUAGUUGAAUUUACCUACCCGAAAGCGAGUGAAAAUUGUAGUUUACAUUUUAUAAUCUCUUGAUUUGAACGUGACGUAUAGGAGUGGGCAGAACUUGAAAAAAUGCAAAAAACCGCACUUGGAUAUUUUUUUAAGGAAUUGGAUAAAAACGGAAACUGGACAUUAAAGUGCAGUGCCGUCUAGUAUCUGUAUGGUUGGUAAUACUGGUUCUAAAUAGAAAACCGAUAACACGCGGAACUGUCAAUAGAGUAGGGUACAUCCCAAACUCAAAAUUAACGGCGGUUAACGACAAGUGACAUUUCAUUCAGUCAAAAAACGACGCUAUUUUGAUUUCAAUCUCAUAUCUAAUCCUGUAUUUUGUAAGAAAAAAUAUUGUGAAUUUUAUAGUUUAGUGCCAAUAUAUAACUUAAUUUCUGUUAUUGUUUUACUCUUGUAAUCUAACCACAAAAUGACUGGGAGAGCCAAAAAGGUCGCCGCGUCAAAGAAAAAAGCUAAUGGAUAUAAAAUGCCAGCUCCUAUUGCUACUGGCGAAAUAAUACAUGAUACUACCAUGAAGAAGAAAUGGCGCAUCGGACCUUCCAUAGGAGUCGGGGGCUUUGGAGAAAUUUAUUCUGCAUGCGAUCAUGAUAGUACGCCGAAAAGUUCCAACUAUCCUUUUGUCGUUAAAAUUGAACCUCAUGAAAAUGGACCAUUGUUUGUGGAGAAACAUUUCUACAUCAGAAAUGCCAAAAUGGAUGACAUAACCUCAUUCAUGAAACGCAAGAAGCUCUCAUGCCUCGGUAUGCCGUCAUAUUACGGCAAUGGUUCACACAACUACAAGGGAGAGAAAUACAGAUAUUUGGUGCUGGAGCGCUAUGGCAAAGAUCUGUGGAGUCUGUUCAUUGACAGCGGGAGGUCUUUCCCAGCGCCAACUGUGUUUCAAAUUGGUUUGCAAAUGGUAAGUUUGUUAUAUCCUUGAUUAGCUUUUUCUAGUCCGUAUCCAAAGGGUAAAAUGGGACCCUGUUACUUAGACUUCACUGUCCGUCCGUCUGUCACCAGGCUGUAUCUCGUGAACCGUGAUAGUUAAACAGUUGAAAUUUUUACGGAUGAUGUAUUGCUGUUGCCGCUGCAACAAUAAAUACUAAAAAACGUGAUUUUUUUGCUG